CCCGCCCGGUGCGGCCCCGCCCCGCGGCGGCGGCGGCGGCGCGAGGAUGAGCGGGAGGCGGGUGGACGCCAAGGUGGUGCUGCUGGGGCAGGAGGGGGUGGGCAAGAGCAGCCUCGUGGAGCGCUGCGCCCACGGCCGCUUCCGCGCCGGGCCCUACCAGAACACGAUCGGAGCCGCUUUCGUGGCCAAGGUGAUGACCGUGGGGGACCAGACGGUGACGCUGGGCAUCUGGGACACGGCGGGCUCGGAGCGCUAUGAGGCCAUGAGCCGCAUCUACUACCGGGGAGCCCGGGCUGCCGUCGUCUGCUACGAUCUCACCGACAGCGGCAGCUUCCAGCGAGCCAAGUUCUGGGUGAACGAGCUGCAGAACUGUGAGGAGGGCUGCCGGAUUUACCUGUGUGGCACCAAGAGCGACCUGCUGGAGGAGGACAGGAGGAAGAGAGGGGUUGACUUCCACGAUGUGCAGGACUACGCUGAUGAGAUCAAAGCAGACCUCUUUGAGACCUCCAGUAAAACGGGCCAGAGCGUGGAUGAGCUGUUCCAAAAGGUUGCCGAGGACUAUGUCAACUUCUCCGCCUUCCAGGUGAUGACAGAGGACAAGGGUGUCAACCUGGGCCAGAGGAACAGUCCCUACUUCUACAGCUGCUGCCACCACUGAGCUCCUGUGCCAAAAGGGAAUUGCUGCUGCCGGAGGGGCAGCUGGCGCGCACCGGACUCCUCUGGUUUUUUACCUGCUGUGUUUUAGCUGUUGGGGCCUGUCUGCAGCACAGCCUACGGACUGCUCAGCUGGCACAGAGCGGCACAGGGCUGCCGUGCAGUGCCAGGAAUCACGGACUGUCACUCUGGGGACCCCCUCCCUGCCACCUGUGGCGUUUGUGGGAGCUGUGGUGGCCCAGCGGUGGCCAGUAACUUAUUCUCUCAGAGAUGCUCGGUUCUUUGCAGAUUUAUUUAAGCGUCUUCUCUCGAGGUGUACAAUGUAAAUAAAACGCGUUGUGGUCUGA